AUGGGCUCUUUACGCGCCGCCCAGUUCCUACUACUCGCUGCGUAUUUUCCCCCAGCCUCCCUGGCCCGGGACCAGCAGCAGAUCAUCGCCUACCCAUACCCGGCGACAGAAUGGAUCGAAGGCAGUGGCGCCCACGGCACGAGCCUGGGAAAGGAGGCUUUCAUCAGCGCUCUCGUCUCGAAUAUGACCAUUGAGGACCUCGUUCAGCAGCUCAACCUCCAGAAGGCUCGCCUCAAGGUGCCCCUGAUGCACUUUGGCGAAUGCCUCCAUGGAGUUGGCUCGUUCAAGCAGUCAUUGUUUCCCCAAAGCCUGGGGCUCUCCGCAACCUGGGACACAGGCCUAGUUCACCGUGUAGGGCGCGCGAUCGGCACCGAAGCAAGAUCGAUCGGCAUCCACGCCUGCUUUUCUCCCGUGCUCGACCUCGGGCUGGAUCCGCGAUGGGGACGGAUGCAAGAAGCGUGGGGCGAGGACAAAAUCCUGACAUCGCACAUGGGCGUCGCAUACUCGUCCGGGCUGUCAAAGAACAGCUCCUGGUCCGACCCCGACGCCGUGGUGCCCGUCAUGAAACACUUCGCGGCGCAUGGGUCCCCUCAGGCUGGUCACAACGCGGGUCCGUUCAUGGGACAUGGCAAUCGCCAGGUCUUCCAGGACCUUCUGACCCCCUUCAAGGCCGCGGUCCAGCUUGGGGGUGUUCGAGGUGUGAUGAUGGCGUACAACGAGUUUGACGAUAUACCUGCUCAUGUCAACCCCAAGCUGUACGACGCGCUCAACGAGAUGGGAUUCAAUGGCUUUGUCAUAGCCGAUGACACAGGAAUGAACGACAUUUAUACCCAGCACGCGGUUGCCGACUCACCAGCUGAUGCCAUCAGACAAUGGUACAACGCAGGCGGGAUGGUCCAGUUCUACGACUGGCCGCUGGAGCUUCUGCUGAACGCAACAAAAGAUCUUGUCGCCAACGGCUCGCUGGAACUUUCAACCGUCCGGUCGCGAGUGCAGUCUGUGCUGGGAGUCAAGUGGGACCUCGGCCUCUUUGACGAUCCUUUCGUCUCACCGGCCACUGACCCUGCUCAAAUAGUGAACAGCAACAAGAACUCGACGCUGGAGGCUGCCCAGAAAAGCAUCGUUCUGCUAGAAAAUCGAAAUUCGACACUACCAUUAAAACCAAGCGAGCAGAGCAUCAAAAAUAUUGCCCUCGUUGGUCCUUUCGCUGACAUCCUGAAUUAUGGCGACUAUUCUGGUCAAUGGGGAGAGUAUCCGGCCGACGGCGCCAAAACAGUUCGUCAGGCCAUACUAUCGUACAGCCAAGACCCGGAUGCCCCUUUCAAUCUGGUCUCUAGCUGGGGUUCAAACACUUGGGAGUAUAACGCACAACAUGUUAUCCCGCCAUACCUUCUUUCAGCCCCCAACGGCACAGUUGGUGGCUUGCAAGCGACAUACUGUGCAGACACCAACUUCAGCGAGCCCUUGGUCACCAAGUUGGAGAAUCCUGCGCUUGACUGGGGACUCUACCCUCCCCCGGGUCUGCCAUCCAACAAUUUCAGUGCCAUCUGGGAGGGCACUCUGACAUCACCAGUCGACGUUGAUGUGGACGGAUGGAUCGGUGUUGCCGUCGGUGCGAACAGCACGUACAAGCUCUACGUUGAUGGCGAGCUCACCACGUCAAGAGGCUUCCCACUGACCACUGAGGGUAACAUACUGGGCAACAUCCAACAAUUCACUUACACCCAAGCAAACAGCACCCUGCCUCCCGAAGGCGCGGCUGCUUUCACAUUCAGGAAAGGGGAAACACAUGACAUCCGAAUCGAGUUCCAAGCCUUCAAUCUCUACAAAAAGAUCGAAAACUUCGUCUCCCUCAACUCGCAGCUCCUGCUUUUCUGGAACCUGGUCAGCAGCAAUCCUGCCAACGAUGCCAUCUCGCAGGCCGUCUCAGUCGCCGACUCCGCAGACGUGAUCAUUCUCGCCGUGGGCGCGGCAUGGAACAGCGACGGCGAAAGCGGCGACCGAGCCACCCUAGGACUCGCCCCGAGCCAGGACGCGCUGGCGAAGGCCAUCUACGCCCUAGGCAAGCCAGUCGUUCUCGUCCUACAAGGUGGAAGACCAUUUGCGAUCCCAGACUACUACAACCAGAGCGCCGCGGUCUUGAGCGCCUGGUUCCCCGGCCAGAGCGGCGGGCAGGCCAUCGCUGACGUGCUGUUUGGGGGAGUCAACCCGGGCGGGAGGCUGCCGGUGAGCGUGCCGAAGCAUGUGGGCCAGGUGCCGAUUAAUUACAAUUACAAGAGCCUCGGGCGGAAGAUCAAAUACCUCGACCUGGACUCCCAACCCGCUUAUCCAUUUGGGUAUGGUCUGUCGUAUACGGAUUUCCAGAUUUCGGGGUUCGAAGCGAGCAGUGGUCCAGCGGCUUCGAGGGCCGUGGGGGCAUCGAGUCAAAACACGUUCACAUCUGGAGACACCAUCAGCUUCUCAGUCAGCGUCAGGAACAAUGGCACCGUCGACGGUAGCUAUGUUGCGCAGGUAUACCUCCUCGGGCGAACCUCAAGCAUUGUGCAGCCGGUUAAACAGCUCGUGGCAUUCCAGAGGGUGUAUCUUGGCGUAGGAGAGGGGACGACCGUGAACAUGGACCUGGAUGUUGAUCGUUAUCUGACCAUCAUCAACCGGUGGGAUGAGUGGGAGCUGGAGAAAGGCGAGUACACUUUUGCUCUGCUUGAGCAUGGUGGAGACGCAGCGGACACGGGCUUGAACGUCACGAUGAGGAGCGUGUAA